AUGCACUUAGCCGUGCCUUUAAAUUCAGCUCUACUCCAAAGAAAAAAUGCACACCAACAUGGCUGCACUACCAUACCAAAUGAUCUCAAACCUACGCCCUCAAACAACACUUGCAUGGAAACUCAAAAUCCGAGUAACGAGAUUGUGGCAAGCAAUCGAUAGCCAUGGAGAUACACUAGGUAUACACUGUAUUUUCGUCGAUGAACUGGGAGGCCAGAUUCAUGCAUGGAUUCCUGCACAAAUCAUGAAUCAAAUUCAGAAUUUACUUACUGAAGGAGAAACCUAUAAUGUGCAUAAUUUUGUUGUUAGGCAAUAUGGUGCAAUGCAAACAGAUAGAUGCUUUGACAAUGAUGUGUUCAUCCAGCUUUAUCAUUUGACUGAGAUAUCGGUUGCUGAAGGUGUGGAUUAUAUCCAACGCCAUGUCUUUAACUUCACUGAACUUUCAGCUAUAAUUGAUGAUACAAGGGAAAACAAAUUUCUAAUUGAUGUUGUUGGAAUUCUACAACAGAGGCAACCAAUCACUAGCUACAGAAACAAAUAUAAUCAGCUAAAACACAGCAUUCAUUUUACCAUCAACGAUAUGCUCGGCUCUGCAAAUGUAAUAUUCUACGAUGAGAUGGCACAAGCUUUUGAUCAAGGAGUCCGUGAUGCUACCCAACAUCCUAUCAUUGUUAUCAUAUCCAGUGCUAAACCUAGAUUCAUCCAAGGUUGGCAAAUUGGCAUUUCCACUGAUGUUCUAAAAUCAAAGGAUGCAAACGAAGGCCUAUACUACCUCAAAUGUCUUCCAACCCUGCAGAUGCUAUUUCUAUUAGUCGACCAUUUCAUUCAGCUUAUGUAAUCUAUGGAUUUGUAAUAACGUUUAGUAACUCUGUACUUUCGAAUUGUAACUCUAAAUUUGGUCUGCAUGCAAGAUUAAGAUCUCUGUACUACUCAUAACAAAGUGGUGCACUCUGUUUUCGUCA